AUGCGUUACUCAAUCGUCUUCGCGACCGCCGCUUUCGCCGCCGUCGCUUCAGCUCAGAGUGACGCCAGUGACUUUACCUCCUUGACAAACUCUCUGGGUGUGGUUACUGGCCAGCCUGCACCCGAUCUCAAUGUGGUGACCUCUCAACCAGCCCCUAAUCUGGCUGUCGUUACGACGCAACCUACUGUCGUCACCUCUCAACCAGCUGCCGCGACUUCUCCAGCUGGGACGCCAAGCACCUUUGCUACAGCUGUUGUUGGAACCGCGGUUGGCACUGGAGGAGCUAUUGGCACCGGCUCUCCCAGCUCUGGCUCCAACGGCACCUUCUCCGCAAGCUCUCUCAAGCCUUCCGCCUCAUCUGCAUCCACUGACACAUCAUCAACGUCCGAUGAAGGCACCCCAACCUCAUCCGAGAGCAGCUCUGGCAGCUCUUCUAGCUCCAGCUCCUCCAGCUCAUCAUCUGGUGCUGCCGGUGUCGUUCAACCUGCUGCCGGCCUUGGAUUCGCUGGUCUGUUGUUCGCCGCUUUCUUGUGA